CCUGUGCUGUGCCCAGGGGACCGUGAGGCAGAUUCCCUUGUGUUUUUUAACUCUCCUCUCCCUGUUUCCUUUUCCUCUAGGCCAUAUGUUGACCUAGUGAAUAUCCUGCUCACCUGUGGCGAGGAGGUGAAAAAGGCAAUAACAAGAAGCGUCCAGGCCCAGUGUGAACAGAACUGGGGGAGUCUCUGCUCCAUCCUGAGCUUCUGCACCUCGGCUGUGCACGGUGACGCCGCCCUGGGCGCCGAGAAGAAGCCGGGUGAAGCCACCAAAGGCGGUGCUGGCCGUGGGGACAUGCUGGCCCACUCUGACCCCGACCACAGGGAGAGCUCGAGAGCAUCCAAGGGAGAGAGAGGUACCAAGGGCCACUUGAACGCCCACGCCCGGGUGAAAGCUGGGGGCCACAGUCCCAAAGGGGCACAAGGGAUCGUGGACCGGGCAGACGAACUGUCCGACUUCUCCGACAUCCGGAGGUGAAAAAAGGCACCAGCUCCCCCUUCCCCCCCAUCCUCCCCCUCCACCGGAAUCCUCCUGAGUUCCAUCUUCCCGUCUAUGGACAUUCCAAAGCAUUUCCCAUUCAGAGGUCAAGCACAGGGCAUUGCAAGAUAUAUAUGGACCUCGGCAACAGUGUAUAUAGUAGCAAAGGGAGAGCAGUGGCAAUGGGUUAUCGAUCCAGCAAACUCGACACUCGAGCAGCCACCAAACGUGGCAAAAUGUCUCCAACUAAAUUCUUUUCCCCUUUUUUAUGAAACAGACAUAAUCUGAAAUUUAGGAUCUUGUUUGGGGACUGUUGGGUUGGUUUUGGGGUUUGUUUUGUUUUUUUCCCUUGGUCUCCUUGGCUGGGGAGACUGUUCCAAGAGGGCUCUGCCAGACUGCAUGUGGCUGCUUGUGGCUUAGCACCUCCAAAGGUCUAGGGCACAGCCUUACAGCAGAUGGCUGAAUUCCAAAGGGAUUUGGUUUCUGCUUGUGGCUGAGAACACAAGAGCUCCAGGCUCUCUAUGUGAAGCUCUCUAAUGAAGUAGCUGCCCCGUCUCUCGCACAGGAACCGUGCGGUCUGGAGCUCCACCACUUUCUCUUAACUAACUUCUGAGCCAUUGUUCCCACCUGGGUGACGCUGCCUGGUUUAAGUGCCCCCCUGUUUGUUUUGAACCACUGUAUAACUUGACACUUGCUAAUCACAGUAUCAUACCCAGUCCCUUCAGCGUAUCACAGGCGAGUAGUCAGCUUCCAGACAAGGCAAUGUGACUGUUAAAGACUUGCACAGUGUGGAGGACCCCCAAAAGUAUUCUUGUGGACCUCUAAGAACCCUGUGCAUAUUCUCUGCUUACAUCUGCCCCUUCAGUGAUACAGGUCUUCCACCCUUAUAGACAGCCCAAGCCUAAAGGGAUGGGUGUGGGCUCAGACAGCGAAGGACCCCAUAUGUUUAGUUUUUCUGUAGGGCUGCGUUGAAGGCCCAUCAGAAAUCUGUCUCUCCUUAGCAGUAGCGUGGUAUGGUUUGCUGAGAUGUGGAGCCCCACUCUAACCUGCCUAUAGCUAUGGUUUAUCCAAAUGCCAAAGAUAAGGAGAGGGGAUUGACUCGGGUUUUUUAAUUGUUGUGCAGAUAAUGACCACCAGUCUCCACAGAGUGAGUUAGUAAAGAUGAAGAGUGUCAAGAGCUUAUUGUCUUUAAGCAGUUUCAAGUGUGAAUGAGGUGUUUGGCCAUAUCUCUCCUACCCCCUAUGCAAUUGUAAUUCUCAGGUUGCAGCUCUGCAAUCCUAUAUCCCCAGAUAUUGUACUGGAAGUGGAGGUUAAGGCAUCCACGAGGACAGAAGGGUGAGCUCUCAGCUUCCUCGAGAGAAAAAGUGAGUUUUCUUAGAAAGUGGGAAUCACACCAGGGAUUUGAGCCUUCUCAUUUAGAAAGUUUGGGAGGAAAGCUGUGGGGGCAGGAAGGCAGUUCAGCAGGGACAGAACGUACCCAGUGAACUAACGUACGUCUUGUCGCAUGGUGGGAAGGAGCUGCAUAAGCAGUAGAGGGUGUUGGAAUUUGGCUACAAUUUCCAACUCAGAUUUUAGUUACUGCUGAGUGAACACGGCUCCUAAUAGCUGUAUUCAGGGUUUAAUGCAUGGAUCCACCCGCGGAAGGUAGAGGCACUGCUUUUAAUAGCAACCACGUAGGAAGCAAGAGAGGACAGUUAAGUUGAAAAGGUGUGUCUCUGAUCACCAGGUCUCUGCUCUAAAGACAUGACCCUGAUCCUGCCCGAUUUUAGCAAAGUUCUCUGAUAACAUUUUUGUUUGACUCAAGUGGGAAGAGGUGGGAUCAGGCCAGAUGCUAUAGCAACAAAGACCAUGGUGAUGUGCCAGUGGGUGUGGCAGCUGCACCACUGGGCUGGUGACAGCUCUGCCAUCCCUGGGGCACCCAGGCUGUCCCAUGGAGCAGCUUGGGAAGGUUGGUUUGGGUCUGAGUGUUGGCCACCUCCUCUGCUCCAAAAGGUGGUACCAUGAGAAGGUUUCUAGCAUGUGCCUCCAUGGGUUUCCUGCAAGCGUCCUCCCCCCCGGUGGCACAGAGCCACCACGAAGAACAAGCUCAAACCAAAAAGACAAUCCAAGCAUUUUAGCAAAAAAAAAAAAAAAAAAAAAAAAGGAAAAA